ACUUGUCAUAGCAUGCCUUCCGUGUGCUGUACGCAUUUUCGUAGAUCUCCACACAAUGCGAAUCGACUGGCUGUGUUGAGGCUCCCGUUGUCUAGCCUGUUGACUCCGUAUCAAUGUAGUUGAACGAUUUGGAGAUUUGCAUAACUUCUACCUCCAGGCAUCUAUCUCAUUAUAAGCACCGGCGGAUCAACUACAUCCAGACACUGGUGGCUCAGACACACAGGGUGGAAUCAUGGCCUCCUCAUCACUGAAGAGUUAUUUUAUUUGUGUUAUAUACGCUGCACUGAUUUUUGGAAGCAUACUUUGUGACUCUGAAGCUGAAGAAGACGAACAUGCGAAACAUACAUAUACAGUAGAAAUGUUCGACAAUGCAAUUCCUACUGCUCCGCACUUUGUCAUGUUCUUCGCUCCAUGGUGUGGCCAUUGCCAAAGGCUCCAGGGCACAUGGAACCAGUUGGCAGACAAAUACAACAACAUGGACUCUCCCCCAGCCUAUGUUGUAAAAGUAGACUGCACUAAAGAUACCAAAUUCUGCUCCAGCAACCACGGUAUCCGUGGCUAUCCUACCCUGAAGCUGUUCAGGCCUGAGCAGGAGGCAGUGAAGUAUCAGGGGUCGAGGGACAUGGAGUCACUGGAGUCCUGGAUGCUGAAAACACUGGAGGAAGAACCUGCUGAGCCAGAGAGCGAACCUGAACCUCCUAAGGUCCCAGAGCCAAAGCAGGGCUUGUAUGACCUCACAGCCUCCAACUUCAAGGCCCACAUCUCCAAAGGUGCCCACUUCGUCAAGUUCUUUGCCCCCUGGUGUGGACAUUGUAAAGCCUUGGCACCUACCUGGGAACAGCUGGGCUCCAGUUUUGAGCAUUCAGACAACGUCAAGAUUGGCAAGGUGGACUGCACCCAGCACUACGAGGUCUGCUCGGACAACCAGGUGCGCGGAUACCCCACCCUCCUGUUCUUCAAGGACGGCGAGAAGGCGGACCAGUACCGCGGCAAGCGUGAUCUGGACUCGCUGAAGGAGUUUGUGGACGGCCACGCUAAAGCCGCAGCGGAGGCCGACGAGGAGGAGGAUGUCAAGGCCAACGAGGUGCCAGUGCCCAGCGCAGAGCCUGAAAAAGAGGAGUCCAAGGUGGUGACCCUCUCUGAAAGCAACUUUGAUGAGAUCGUGGGUAAAGGCCUCACCUUCAUCAAGUUUUAUGCCCCAUGGUGUGGCCACUGUAAGAACCUGGCACCAGCAUGGGAGGACCUGUCCAAGAAGGACUUCCCUGGCCUCACGGACGUGAAGAUCGGCAAGGUGGACUGCACAGUGGAGAGGACAAUCUGCAAUCGCUACUCUGUGCGCGGCUACCCCACGCUGCUGAUGUUCCGUGCUGGGCAGCAGGGGGAGGAGCAUAAUGGUGGGAGGGACCUGGAGUCACUUCACAGCUUUGUGAUGAAGCAGGCCAGGGAUGAGCUGUGAGUGAUGUCAUCAAACAGCGCCAGUCUACUUGCUCAUCUCCGCACAAAUAUCCACCCCUUCCAUACAAACACACACACACACGCACACAUACAGACACACCUACAUUCACAUACUCACAAAGGCUAGCUUCUCUUUUCUAAAGCUGCUCCCCACUUGUAGGAGUAGCUGAAUCAAUGGACUGCUUUUUCUACCCCAUUACCAUGUCAAGGCCUUUUGGGGGUUUACUCUAUUUGUUAGCUUAUUCAAUGAAAUGUGAAUGUAUUGAUUUCAUCACAACUCUAUCCCAGUGUUGGAGCGUUGAAGUUGAUUGUGUAAUGAAAUUACACACGCGAUAGACAACCACUCUGCCAGCAGACACACAUUAUCUUUCUCCUAUAUAUUUUCUGUGUACUUGUUUGUUUAUGAUUUUUUUUUUUUUUUUUUUUUU